AGUGAGAAGCACCAGUGGCAUUGACUUAAGGUUAAAUGUGUACUGGCAAAUGGAAUCACGAGAGGAGCAAAAACAAUCAAAUAAACUUUUUGAUGAGUUGUAUACUGCAUGCAUAUCUUCACACGCUCAGCCAGAAAAACAGAAUAAAGUGCUAAGUGCUGUUCUUCUAAAGUGGAGGUGCAAAUUAAGUCAACUGCAGAGUAAGGUUUCAUUGAAAGAAUUAAGGAGAUUUGGUGAGGUCAGUUUCUCGUGA